AUGCGCACCCUCAAGGGACAGCACCUCCAGCACCACCAGCACCACCAGCACAGCCUCCUGACCCAGCCAGGCACACACCGGGAGUUAAGGAACCCGCCAAGUCCACUGACCUACUUCACCCCCUCCUCCCUCCUUCCACCCUCCCUCCAUCCCUCCGUCCCGUCCUCCUCAGUGCCCGCCCAGUACCUGCCCCGACACACCGACACUGGUGACACAGGUGCUGCAUCUGUGUACUGGGAUUGUCAGGGAGGAAAGAGUACCCAUGCAGGACCCAGGCGCUGCCGCUCAGCUCCCGCCCCACCGCGCCACCACUCCGCCGCCACGCCACACCACAGCGAACCAGGCCACCUCACCACCCAACAUCAGGUCAUUUCAGCCACAUACCAGGUCAUCUUAGCACCGCACACCAGGCCACCUCACUACCGUGCACCAGGACACCACACCACCGCACACCAGGUCAUUUCAGCCACACACCAGGUCAUCUUAGCACUGCACACCAGGUCACCUCACCACAGCAGACCUGACACCGCACACAAGGUCAUUUCAACCACACACCAGGAUAUCUCAGCACUAACCACUUCACCACCGCACACCAAGUCAUUUCAGCAACACACCAGCACCGCAAACCACACCAUCACACACCAGGUACCAGACCAAGUCAUUUCAGAUCACCUCACCAUCGCACAACAGGCCACCUCACUACCGCACACCAGGUCAUCACCAUCACACAUCAAACCACCUCAGCACCACACACCACACCAUCUUCCUAACCAAGACGGAGCAGCCAUCUCUACAGUCAUGAACGAAGAACACACCAAGAAAGGCCCUCACUAA